GUGUGUGAUAUCGCAGACGUCACAGCCUGCCGUUGGUCCAGUUCAGUUCAGAUCAUCCGUUGGUUCCCUCCGUUCGGCUAAACUGAACCAAAUCCGGAGCUGAAGGCAGUUUAACCCGGGACAUCCCAGCUCAGAUCUGAACCGGAACACUUUUUUGAUUUGUACUUAACCCGAAAUAAGAAGCACAAACAGCCGGGGCGGAGGGAGAGCCGCCGUUAACGUAACGUCCGUGACGUCGGUCCGCUGCUGCUCCCGCUAGGGGCUCACUAGCCACGCUGCCCGUCCGGAGGGUCCCUUUAUCGGCCAGAACCGGGCGAUCGAUCGAUCGAUCGGUCCGAUCGGAGCGCAGUCGUGGGAUCGAUCAGAGCGAGAUGAUGGAGAAGAAGAGGUCGGACUGCCCCGCGCUGCCUCCCGGCUGGAAGAAAGAAGAAGUGAUCAGGAAGUCCGGACUGAGCGCUGGAAAGAGCGACGUCUACUACUACAGUCCUUCAGGAAAGAAGUUCCGGAGUAAGCCUCAAUUGUCCCGUUACCUUGGAAACAAAGUGGAUCUGGGAUGUUUCGACUUCCGGACGGGGAAGAUGAUGCCCGGAAAACUGCAGAAGAACAAACAGAGACUCCGACACGACCCGCUAAGCUUGGCCAAGGGAGGUAAACCAGACCUGAACACAGCACUGCCAAUCAGACAGACGGCAUCCAUCUUUAAACAGCCCGUUACCAAGGUUACGAGUCACCCCGGAAACAAGGUGAAGGCCGACCUGCAGAGAGCUAGCGAGCAGCCCAGACAGCUGUUCUGGGAGAGGAGGUUGAAAGGCCUGCAGUCGUCAGACGUCACGGAAGAAGUCCUGCGGACCAUGGACCUGCCCAAAGGCCUGCAGAGUGUCGGUCCAGACUCCAGCGAUGACACGCUGCUGUCGGCCAUCGCCAGCGCCCUGCACAUGAGCUCCGCUCCGAUAACGGGACAGACGACCGUGGCUGCCGAGAAGAACCCGGCCAUCUGGCUGAACACGUCCCAGCCGCUCUGCAGGGCCUUCACAGUCACCGACGACCAGAUCCGAGAGCAGGAGUUGAAAGUGUACCAGGCCAGGAGGAGUCUGGAGGAUGCACUGAUGGCUGACGGUUUGGCGCGGGCCGCCGAAAACACCCGAGAGCUGCUGGAGGGUAAGACUGCCUGAAGACGGACAGAGUUCCUCUGCUCAUCAGCCUCAGGUUUAUAAUCAACUUCCUCUUAAUCCAGACAACAAACCAAAAACAGACCACCCACAGACUGACUCUCACCUGCACUGAUCUGUUGUCUCAGUGGGCGACUGCUUCAACGUUCCUGUUAAGGAAACCAUUUUCAGGAUAUUGGCCUCAGGAAACUUCUGUGAUUUUUCCGGAACGACAGCAGCAACAACGGGACCAGCAACCAAAGCAAUAAUGGCAUCAGCAACAACAACAACACCAGCUGGGACUACAACAGGACAACAAACAGCUGCAGCAUUAGAAGUUGCAGCAACAGAAGCGGCAACAUAGGAUCGAGCAACAGCAGCAAUAAGUGGAGUAUCUACAGCAACAGCCGAAGCCUUUAAUCCUCUCCGUGUUUAAUCAUCUGUGCAAACUUUACAACAAGUGCUUUCUUUGACUCACUUUCAGAUAUUCAGAUAUAACUUUUCUUGCUUUUUGAUAUAAAGCUGAUAAAAAUAUAUUUUUAGAAAACAGUUGGAGAGCCACGCCCUCAACGACCCCAAAGUCAGAUUGCAAACUGCUGGACGGCUUUUGCUAACUCUACUAACUCUUUAUGCGCUCUUUGAUGAUUUUAGUUGUUUGUGGUGUCGGAUUGUUGUCAGUUUUCAAGGGUUUUUAUUGAAAUAAUGAGAAUAUACAUGAAUAUGAAAUAGAACAAUUGCUUAUUUAAGACAAAUUUUAUACCUUGAGAAAACAUACGUGUACAUUUCUUGGACUGGAGUCAAUAAAUGAUUAUAUUCACCAUUGUUUGUUU